CAGAUUGAUCAUGUGCCCUUCAAACUUUGGACAAAUCAUGUGACCAGUCACCAGACAGUCGGGCUCUGCAACCACGCCAGUUGUGUACAGUUAGAUUUGUACACAUACGAUUUGGGGACCGGACCAUCCCCAUCCAGCUACGCCUAGCGCCUUUGUAAAUUCGUGUUCCAUUCAAAGGCAAGAUUCGUGGCCAAAAUGCAUCGUUUCGUCGUGGUUCUUGCAGUGGUUACGUUUGUGGGUUGCUGUGGAGCCGCAGUAACCACUGCACGUCCAAAAACUACUGCAGCUCCAAAAACUACUGCAGCCCCCAAAACUACUGCCCCAAAAACCACAGCAGCACCAGCUCACAAGCCUCCAUUCUUUGGGAAUGAUUACCAUGCCAGGGGACGCGUCAAGCUGCCUUACGCCGAGCUGGAUGAACCAUUCGAAGUCUUCUACAAAGCACACCAACAUUGGGGAAGAAUUGAUUUCUACAAUGGUUUGGACAAGGUGUUCUAUCGUGGUGAUCAGAAACCUUAUGGGAAUACAUAUAAGAUCUCACCUUCCGUGAUGGGUCAAGGAACCAUCGUCAACCCGGUAUCCUGCUUCCAAAUCAACGGCACGAAAGAUGCACCUGUGAUGCCCCAGAGUAUGAUCCCAGAUCUGACUCACUUCACGUAUGGAGGACAGGACAUGAUUGAUGGAGAGAUGGCCGAUGUCUGGAAGCAAACCGUCACUGUCAACGGCAGUACAAAGAUCAACAAAUAUUCCUUCUAUGUGUCGACAACGAAACCUGGUGUCCCAAUGCGCUACGAGAUGUUUGGUCUUGACUCGCUAUUGGGUUCACAUUUUGACAAGUACAUCAUCGAUUAUUCCUUCUUUGACAACAAGACGUUUAUUCCUCCGUCGACAUUUGACACCCCGAAAGGGAUCAAGUGUGGUAGUUUCCCCGGUCCGGGUAUAGAGCAUCACAUCGUCGCUAAUCCCUACCGAGAACUCAUCAACCCAGAACAUGGAGAUCGUUACCAUCAGAUGUUCUCAGAAUUCAAGGAAACUCACGGAAAGAAAUACAUGGAUGAAGUUGAGCAUGUGCAGAGGAAGACGCAGUUUACGCACAACGUUCGAUUCAUCCAUGGUGUGAAUCGUCAAGGUCUGAGCUACAAGCUAGGAGUCAAUCACCUAGCCGAUCAGUUUGAUGAUGAGCUACGUGUGAUGCGUGGACGGCGUACUUCCACUGGUUACAACGGUGGCCAACCCUUCCCUCAUGCUGAGUUCCGGAACGCUCCAGCACCUCCAGGCUUUGUGGAUUGGCGUCUUCAAGGAGCUGUGUCCCAAGUCAAGGAUCAGGCUAUUUGUGGCUCCUGUUGGAGUUUCGGAGCCGCAGAGACAAUCGAAGGAGCCUACUUUCUGAAGAACAAGAAGAUGGUGCGAUUUUCGCAGCAGAAUUUGAUGGACUGCAGCUGGGGUUACGGUGAUAACGCGUGUGAUGGGGGCGAGGAAUGGCGGGCGUUUUCAUGGAUUAUGAAAAACAAUGGCUUGAUGUCAGAGGAAGACUACGGGCCUUACAUGGGACAGAACGGGAUUUGUCACUAUGAUCCUAAGAAAGCUUCUGUUCAACUCAUGAACUAUGUGAACGUAACGUCUGGGAAUAUCACAGACUUGGUGGCAGCUGUGGCAAACAAGGGUCCCAUCACUAUUGGAAUCGAUGCCCAUCUUAAGACGUUCGGCUUCUAUGAUUCCGGGAUCUACUUUGACAAGAACUGUGGCAACAAGCCUAAGGACCUUGACCAUGCAGUGCUGCUUGUGGGUUAUGGCUCCGAGAAGGUUGGGAACCAGACCGAGCCCACUAAUUACUGGAUCGUCAAGAACUCCUGGUCCACCUACUGGGGCAACAACGGCUACAUCCUGAUGGACCAAAAAGACAACAAUUGUGGCGUGGCGACCGAUGCAAGCUACGUCGUCCUCAAGUAGAGUCAGUAAAGUCAGAGUAUGUGAGGAGUUUCGGACCAUCUUAGCUCCUUUACAUUGGUGUGGUUUCCAGGCUACCAUGGUGUGUUGCUAAAUAUAAUACAAGUGUGUAGAAUCCUUCGUAGUAGCCUGAAUGCCAGACCUACUGAGAUUAAGAGCGAUUUCGAAAAAUUACUGGUUGUAAAUUUUACAAAGUGAAAUUGUGAAACAGAUUUCUUACAAUAAUUUUUUUUUCCGUAGAUUAGGGUUAAUAGUUUUAUAAAUGAAAUCUUUUCGUACACGGAAUAAAGAUGAUGAUUUUUAAAAUUGGUUUCGGAAUAAUUUCCAGUAUAUAUAGAAUGGGAUUUAUAAAAUUGGUUGUCCGUAUUUACUUGCAUUCACUGUGGCAACCUGUCUAUUGUGGUCGCCUGGCCACUGUGGCCAGUGUUUUUGACACGCAAAAUGUGUCUGUCAAUGUUGAUCAUUGACAUUUCUACACAAUUUGUAAAAGUUUUGGAACAAGUAGUUCAAGUUUUACCAUAUUUGUAUUCUCUUUUAUAAGUCUGCCAAUCAGUGCUAAUCUUGUAAAUUUUGCCAGUUCAAUAAACAAAAUCGAAAUAUGCUUUACAAAUGUAUCAGUAAUUAUAAGUGUGAUGGGUAAAAGCCACCAAAAUAGUAAUAUCUUGAAAUGUGUAAGCAAA